GACGUCGAGAUCGCAAGCAUGUUGCCUGUUUAAAGUUUCCAUCGUAUUUUCGUACGUAAUUUCGCGUGGUUUUUUACGUAAUUUUUUACGUUUUCAACACGACUGCAGGGAUCGUGGAUUCGAUAACGAACAAUACCAUCGACUAGAGAAGCUGCUUUGUGACUGUGUGCGUGUGUAUAGACAUUUCGCGGCGGAAAUUUUUCGGUAAAAGACGUUUACAUUGCACCGUAGUGGUGGUAAAUUGAAUCGAUGUUAUAAGCGCGGACUGUGGAAAAGGAGCGGAUGCGGCGCUACUAAGGAAUGGAAGAUUAAAAAUUCCUUAGUCGGUGCGUUUUUAUUAUUCUUCUCUCUUUUUCUCGUCGCUUUGCUUUCGAUCGUUUGGCGCGUAGCACACGUUAAAUAAAUUACAGAAAAUAAAUUAUUCGUGUGAGCAUACAGAUUGGUGUGGCGCUUUUAUAAACGGUAAAUCUUGGAGAGUUUUCUGGUCUCGCCGCCACCACCACCUCGACUGCUGCAGCUGCCGGCACAGCGUGUGCAAGAAAUGAAUUGAACCGGCGUAUAUGGUAGUUUCACCUACUCGCUCGAGCCCCGUCGCCAUCGUCGUCAACUACCCUCCACACGCCAAAGUGUACGAUGAUCGGGAUACAGCCAGCGGUUGUGUUUCUUGUGGUGAAAAUCUGCGAAAUAACGUGUUUAAAGAACGUGGAAUUACGCGCAGCAGAAGCGAUCCGGACCGGCGAAACGUUGCAUUUAGAGUGUAAUUACGAUUUAGAAGAAGCGCUUUUAUACUCGAUUAAAUGGUACUUCGGAGACAAUGAAUUUUAUCGAUAUGUACCGAAGGAAUCGCCACCCACCAGGGUGUUUCCACUUCCUGGCAUUAUCGUCGAUAUUUCUAAAUCGAACGAAAAGCAGGUAGCGCUGAAUGAAGUUCAACGCGAGAUGACCGGAUAUUACAAAUGCGAAGUUUCCGCCGAUGCGCCUAGUUUUCAUACCGAUAUCAAAUCUGCACUGGUUGUUGUUAUAGAGGAGCCAAAAUCUAAGCCUAUAUUGACCAUAGAGAAAUCAAAGUACUCGAUCAAUGAACUUGUCCGGGUCAAUUGUACAUCAUAUAAUGGAUAUCCGGCUCCAAAUAUUACCUGGUUUAUUAACUCGGUUCAGAUGAACGACGCACAUUCGCCGACCAUUUCACACGCCAUAUUAAAAGAAGCCAACGGCUUGGAAACGAUUAAAUCCAGAUUGGAAAUAUAUGCGAAAUCGAAACACUUCAAAGAAGGUAAAAUGCGUAUUAAAUGCCUAGCAAAUCAAUACGAUCUGUACCAGGAUACUGCUGUAAUCGAAGUAGAGGAUGAUAGACCUCAGCUAGCUCCUGUGCUUAGUCCAUCUUCGAUGCCUUCUCACAAUCGUUGCAGUAGAAUAAACGUCAAUAGGGUUCUACGUCUAUGCAAUAUUUUAUUUAUUUCAAAAUUCAUUUAUGGAAGAUAGCAGCAGACGUUGCGAUGUUUUAUGAGUUAAGCCUGCGACCGACAUUGACAGUCGAACUCACUCGUGUAUAAAGGUUACGUGUAUUAUAUUUUUGUAGUAAAAAUUCAAACAAACUGUCGAACGAGGUUUACCUACUACCUUACCUAUACGUGUACGAAGAUAUAAAUUUAAAAGAAAAUUUUUACCAUGUUAACUGUUUUCCCCUCAGUUUUCUUUAAAUUAAUAUAUAAUGUACCUAUUUCGAGUGUUACAAAGUUUUGUUCGAUUUUUUUAUAAUUAUUAUUUUUAUUUUUCAAUUCGAUGUUUGUGAUUUGUUUAAUUUUCUCGGUUUGUUAUUCUCUGUCAUUACUCCUGUAACCAAUUUAUUUUUCAAGGUUGCAGAUUCGCAAUUUAUACGCGCGCGAUUUUAUACAGCUUUUCCCUAUACUUGAUUUUUAUAGCCUGUUGUAAUUGUGCAAUGUGUAUAUUAAAAUUCUGAUAUAUUUUUCCAAAAACGUUUUACCUAAGUUUUUUUUUUUUUUUUUGUUAUAGAAAAAAAUAAUGUAACCAUGUCGUUAUUAAUAUAGAUAAUUAUUUCGAGAUUUUGCUACCUACCUAUCGAAAAAAGGGAAACAAAAUUUUUCUAAUGCCUACUUGUGAAUUUUUCUCGUACUCGUGGAAUACAAAAUGUAGGUAUUUAUCGAAAUUACCGUUUGUAUUAUAGUUUUUUUUUUGCGUGUAAUUUCGAAAUAAUAUUACCUAUACAUACUUCAAGUAUGAAAUUAUUUGUACCUAUGAUACCUACCUAAAUAUUUACGAAUGGUUAUGUAUUUUAUAAUUAAUUGAUUCGUCGUUGUGUACAAUGGUUUAAAACAUUAAUUCUCGAAUAAAUUGAUGUUGCCAUGUUUA